ACUAAGCAAAACAACACAUUAAAGGCACAUCAAUAAUUUCCCCUACAUUAUGGCUUUAACCUUAGGGAGACUGUUGGUUAAUAAUGGCUUCAGGAGGUCAGUUCACCACAUUACUUUAAACUCAAUGAAAGGACAAAGAUUUUGCAGCGCCAUUUCAAAAGAAGAAAGAAAAAGCACUGUCCCAGGUGGGACGGUCAUUUCUGAGAGGAGGGGUACUGUGAUGCUUAUUGGAAUUAACCGUCCUGAAGCGCGUAAUGCAGUAAAUCAAGAAACUGCUCAGAGACUGACUGAGGAGCUCUCGGCCUUUGACCAAGACAAUAGCCUUAAUGUGGCAGUGCUUUAUGGAAUAGGAGGGACUUUCUGUGCUGGUUUUGAUCUGAAGGAGUUGGCCCAGACUUCUGGUUCUCUCAAAGUGGAGCAAGAUGUCUGCAGUGAUGGUCGUGGUCCCAUGGGUCCGUCUCGUAUGAGGCUCUCAAAACCCUUGAUCGCAGCAGUCAGUGGGUACGCUGUGGCAGGAGGUCUGGAGCUGGCCCUUCUGGCUGACCUGAGGGUGGUCGAGGAGAGCUCCAUCAUGGGGGUUUUCUGUCGCAGAUUUGGUGUGCCAUUGAUUGAUGGGGGUACGGUGAGAUUGCCACAGCUAAUUGGUCUCUCGCGAGCUCUAGAUCUCAUCCUUACAGGCCGACCGGUAAAGGCACAAGAGGCUUUAACAUUUGGAUUGGCAAACAGAGUGGUGCCUGAUGGCCAAGCACUUCAAGUGGCUCUUGAACUUGCUGAACAGGUCAGCGCCUUUCCACAGCUCUGUCUCCGUGCUGACCGUAACUCCGCCUACCACGCAGCCUUUGACGCCUCCUCCUUCACCCAGGCCAUGCAGUAUGAGUUUGACCAUGGCCUGCCAGUCAUUGUAGCUGAAGCAGUCACCGGAGCAACAAAAUUCAGCUUAGGUGCUGGGAGGGGCGGGUCUUUCUCUAAGAGUAAACUCUAAACUGCCAGUUGAGUGGAUGUGAGACAGUUUGUGUGUAACUAAAUAAAGCUGAUAUUACUGUUAAUUUUACAGUGCAUGGGUUAAAGUAAGUAUCGGUUAAAAUAACACUUGCACAUGGUAACACACAAUAAUAAGAAUUUGUUGUUAGCAUUCUGUAAUUGUUAUUAAACCAGUAUGAUGUGACAGCUGAAAUUUUAAUGUGAAAUCUGAAAAGGAAUGUGCAUUUGCCUCAGAUCAAGUUUCCAUUAUCAGAUUUUUUUGUAUUGCUAAUCAAAUAUAUUAAAGGUUCAUACUGAAGAAAAUA